AUGGAAACAUGGCUUUCAGGUUCAUGCACCAAGAAGAAAAUUGAGAAAUACUCUACACCAUCAAAAGUGAUGUCUGUGCUUCCAAGAAGUGUCACUGAUGACAUUAACUUUGAUGGUGAAAGUUUUCACAAUUUUUUUGAGUGUUGGAUGGUUCAGCAAAACAAAUAUCUGAAUGAACUUGUAGCAGCAAAUUCAGCUCAACCUCAGCUCACAGAUGACAAAAUGCAUGUAGUGAUUGAUAAGGUUGUUGAGCAUUAUGAGUAUUACUACAAGGAAAAAUCUAGGCGUGCAAAGAAAGAUGUUUUGUCCAUGUUGUCGCCACCAUGGUUAAGCUCUUUAGAAGCAGCUUUUCUUUGGAUUGGUGGUUGGAGACCAAGCGUGGCAUUUCAUUUACUAUAUUCAAAAUGCAGUAUGCACUUUCAAGCUAGGUUGAAUGACCUUAUUCAAGGACAAAAAACAUGUGACCUGGGAGAUCUCUCGGCGUCUCAGCUCGCCGAGAUUGAUGAUUUGCAAAGGAGGACUAUUAGAGAGGAGAGGGAAAUCGCUGAUAUGAUGGCCGAGCAUCAGGAAACGAUUGCCGAUGCUCCGAUGGUGGAGUUGUCUCAUGUGGUUUCUGAAAUGAUUGGAAGAGGACAAAACGAAAAGAAGGGUUUGGAAGAGAGAAUUGAAUCGAUUAUUGAAGCUAAGCUGGAAGGUUUGGAGAAGAUUCUUCAAAAAACUGAUGAUUUAAGGCUGAGAGCUUUGCAGGGGAUUGUUAAUAUCCUGACUCCAAAGCAAGCUAUUUACUUCUUGAUUGCUGCUGCAGAGCUGCACCUGAGGCUACAUGAGUGGGGUAAGAAGAAGGAUGAUGCUAAAAGAGGCAAACAAGGUAUUAGGGAGGGUGAAAACCAUAAUUCAUGA